GAGAUAAACCCACCAAGACUGUGGACGGUUGUGAUGAAAACACAUCGACAUGAAUCGUUUAUUCUCGUGAACAAGUGCGCGAGACCACCAAAAGCCUCCAUCUCCUCCCACUACUCUUCGUCUUCCAUCCUCUGCUUGGACCACGAUCGCUGUCCGUCACCUUUCUCGAGUCUCCAAACCUGGGCAGCAGCAGCAGCAGCAGCGGCAGCAACAUGCGAUGGUAGCUCCCGUUCCCUCGCAUACAUCAUGAGAUAUCAGCUGCAAAGCUACAACUUUAUCAGCAUCAGAGCGCACUACAUACGCUCUGCAGCCCCUCCCUCUUCCUAAGCUGUGCAUGCACUCUGUCUUUUCCUAUCUAAUCAUUUGCAGCGACGAUCCCUGCCUCAGCUCCUGCCUCUCUCCUGCUCUCGAAGGAAAUGGAGGAUGUGAUGACAAGGUACCAGGUCCCGGCAUUUGGUCACUGGAACUUCAGCUUCUACGACGAGAUCUCCAUCUCUCAGUACUUUGAAUCGGCGAGGGAGGCUGGUCUGGUAAGACCUCGUCUCUUUGGGGGAGAUGGUGAGGAUCUCUUUCGGGUGUUGUCACCAUACAAGAAAGAUCAGCAGACCGCAAAGGGGAAGAAGGGAGGAGAGAGAAGAGGAGGGGAGAAGAUGAAGUCCUGUGGGAAGCAGGAGCUUAGGAAGCCCAAGGCUGUUGACGAGGACCUUUACAAGAUACCUCCAGAGACGUUUGAUCAAAUGCCAAAGAAGAAAAAAUUGUUUUCCAAUUUUUGUGCAUGGUGUCUCUGCCUCAAUUGCAUUGCCUAUUGCUAGGGAAGAAUGGAGCAGCUUUACAAAGAACUGGUGUUUCUAUAAUCUCCUUUUAUUCUGUUUUUCUCUUCUUUUUUUGCCUUAUGUAAUGGGUGUUGAGUGCUCUGCUAUUAGGAAUGUGAUCUGAAACUCUUUAUGUUUUUGAGGGAUUAUGUAGCUUUGUUCACAGGAAUUAUUUGGCUUCUUCUAUUGACUUUUAUUUAUCAUCUAA